GUGUGAGUUUUUACACGUUUUUAGGAAUAUUUGUUCUUUUUUUCCUUGCAGCCUUUAAACAUGGCUUUAAACAAACUAGGAAUUACCUCUUUGGAUGUUAAAGACAAGCGAGUACUCAUGAGAGUUGACUUCAAUGUGCCUCUUAAAGAUGGAAAAAUUACGAAUAACCAAAGAAUCAAAGCUGCCAUCCCUUCUAUCAAACACUGCAUUGACAAUGGUGCMAAAUCAGURGUUUUGAUGAGUCAUCUGGGUCGACCUGAUGGAAAAGUUGUUGACAAAUAUUCCUUGAAACCUGUUGUUGAUGAAGUUAAGACAUUGCUUGGAAGAGAUGUACAGUUUCUACCAAGUUGUGUUGGACCAGAGAUUGAAAGUGCUUGUGCAAACCCCAAAAGAGGCUCYGUAAUAUUGCUUGAAAAUCUUCGUUUCCACAUUGAAGAAGAAGGAAAAGGUGUUGAUGCUGAAGGGAAAAAGGUCAAAGCAAGUGACGAAGCAGUGAAAACAUUYCGAGCUUCACUUUCCAAGCUUGGUGAUGUCUAUGUGAAUGAUGCAUUUGGUACUGCACACAGGGCUCACAGUUCYAUGGUAGGAGUAGAUCAUUCAAAAAGAGCUGCUGGGUUUCUACUCAAAAAAGAACUAGACUACUUUGCAAAGGCUUUGGAAUCGCCAGAAAGGCCGUUUUUGGCCAUUCUUGGAGGGUAAGCAUGUAACAAUUCUGCCUUCUUGAAUAAAAACUGUGUAAUCAAACAUGGUUUUCGACCAAUCACAGCGCGCAUAGUAUCCUAAAUAUUUUAGAAAAUGAGCUAUUGCAAAUUUCAGAUUGGCGACUCUCUCUUUGACACAAAAGGUGCUGAAAUUGUACAAAAACUGGUUGACAAAGCUAAAGAAAAAGGGGUGAAGCUUUGCUUUCCUGUUGACUUUGUAACUGCAAGCAAAUUUGCAGAGGACGCAGAGGUUGGAAGUGCUACUGUUGAAUCUGGGAUACCUAAAGGAUGGAUGGGUCUUGACUGUGGACCUAAGAGYGUCGCUGAAUUCAAAGAGGUUAUUGCAAGAGCAAAGACUAUUGUCUGGAAUGGGCCAGUUGGUGUGUUUGAGUUUGCUAAGUUUGAAGCUGGAACAAAGGCUGUUAUGGAUGCUGUAGUAGAAGCAACUAGCAAAGGAGCSACUUCAAUCAUAGGUGGAGGUGAUACUGCAACCUGUUGUGCUAAGUGGGGCACUGAAGACAAAGUCAGCCAUGUYAGUACAGGUGGUGGUGCAAGCCUUGAACUCCUUGAAGGUAAAACUCUUCCUGGCGUGGCAGCUUUGUCACCUCAAAGUAGCAUAUAAAAAGCAAAACCCACGGGCUUCACAUGGGGGUGAAAGAACAAGAACUGACUUUGAGUUUGACAGUGGUUAUUAGUGGACACUAUAAAAUUAUGAUUYUGAUAUUGAUUGAAUAUGUCGAUUGAAGUAUAAUAUUACUGAUGAUAAAAGAAGUAGCAAUAAACAGGAACUGUAAAAUUCUAAUAAGAUUUAUAAAAGAUAGCCUCAUAGGUUCUCAGAAAGGUUUUAAGUASGUUCUAAGAAAAYAUACAGAUAUGUAUGAAAACCAAUGGAAAUAAAAAUAUGGAUCUCUCA